AAUGCAGCGAGCUGCUGUCCUGUGAGCUGUGCACCACCGCUCCUCCAGCGCCCAACGGCACCGGCUGCCUCUGGGGGGGCUGUGGGGCACCGGAGACGUGGAGCUGCGUGCGCAGCGGGGCGGCCACACGGGACACAUGUGUGCUCUACAACAGCAGUGCCCUGUGCCCAGCGGCACUGAAAUCCCCCACCAAAGAGCCACCGCGGUCCCCUAGCAAGGAGCCAGCAACGCAUUCCCCACGGAGCAGCACCACGCGUGCCCCGCUGACGGGCAGCCCCGAGUUCCAGCCUCCGGGCUUCGACACGGCCAGCUUUGUGGGCGGCAUGGUGCUGGUGCUCAGCGUGCAGGCCGUCCUCUUCUUCAUCCUCAAGUUCAUCAAGUCCAAGGACAGCAGCUACCAAACGCUGAUCUGAGCUCCGGGCGAUGCUGCCCUCGCCUCCCCCAUCCCCCCCCCCCUCCCGGGGAGGUGGAGAAGAGACCACCGCUGUGUCUCCAUCCCAUGCUGGGACCACCCCAAAGCUGUGGGACCCCCCCACCUGCACCACAACUAUGCAAAGCUGG